GCAUGCAUGUUAAUGAAUGUCUGUCUCUCUCUCUCCUCACUCGGCCGCUACACCUUUCCAGAGCACAGCUACACUCCAGGUCUGGCACACCUGAUGAUUGGCGACCAAGCUCGCGAGGAGUAUGUGGCCACCUUCAAGGGCUCGGAGUACUUCUGCUACGACCUGUCCCCCAACCCAAUCCAGUCGAGCAGCGACGAAAUCACGCUCUCCUUCAAGACGCUGCAGCGCAACGGCCUCAUGCUGCACACUGGCAAGUCAGCCGACUACGUCAACCUGGCGCUGAAGAAUGGUGCCGUGUCGCUCGUCAUCAACCUGGGCUCCGGGGCGUUCGAGGCCCUGGUGGAGCCCGUCAACGGCAAAUUCAACGACAACGCCUGGCACGACGUCAAGGUCACCCGCAACCUGAGACAGCACUCAGGCAUUGGACACGCUAUGGUGACCAUCUCUGUGGACGGCAUCCUGACCACCACGGGCUACACCCAGGAGGACUACACCAUGCUGGGCUCUGACGACUUCUUCUACGUGGGAGGGAGCCCUAGCACGGCUGACCUGCCGGGUUCUCCAGUCAGCAAUAACUUCAUGGGCUGUCUCAAAGAGGUGGUGUACAAGAACAAUGAUGUACGACUGGAGCUGUCUAGACUGGCUAAACAGGGAGACCCAAAGAUGAAGGUCAGUGGGGUGGUAUCCUUCAAGUGUGAGAGUGUGGCCACGCUGGACCCUGUUACCUUUGACACCCCAGAGUCUUUCGUGGCACUGAGCAAGUGGGCAGCAAAGAAGGCAGGAUCAAUCUCGUUCGACUUCAGGACUACAGAGCCGAACGGGUUGAUGCUUUUCAGCCAUGGAAAACCCCGACAGCAGCAACGCAAGGACCCGAGAACACCUCCUACAGUCAAGGUGGAUUUUUUCGCCAUUGAGAUGCUGGACGGGCACCUGUACUUGCUGCUGGACAUGGGCUCUGGAACCACAAAGACCAAGGCCAUCGACAGAAAGGUCAACGAUGGGGAAUGGUAUCAUGUGGACUUCCAGAGGGACGGGCGCUCAGGAACCAUCUCGGUGAACAGUGUAAGAACAGCGUACACGGCUCCGGGGGACAGUGAGAUCCUGGACCUGGAUGACACGCUGUACCUUGGGGGACUACCUGAAGACCGAGCUGGGCUCAUCUUCCCCACAGAGGUGUGGACAGCUCUGUUGAACUACGGUUACGUGGGCUGCAUCAGAGACCUGUUUGUGGACGGACAGAGCAAAGACAUCCGGCGGCUGGCUGAGGCUCAGCGUGCGGUGGGAGUGAAGCCUUCAUGCUCCAGAGAGUCUCCCAAACAGUGCCUGUCGAAUCCCUGCCAGCACAACGGCAUCUGCAGGGAGGGCUGGAACCGCUACGUUUGCGACUGCUCGGGGACAGGAUACCUGGGACGCUCUUGUGAGAGAGAUGCAACUAUCCUGUCGUACGACGGCAGUAAGUUUAUGAAGGUGCAGUUGCCUGUGGCGAUGCACACCGAGGCGGAGGACGUCUCGCUACGCUUUCGCUCCCAGCGGGCUUAUGGCGUUCUCAUGGCAACCACAUCUCGAAACUCUGCAGACACCCUUCGUCUGGAGCUAGAUGGGGGCCGUGUCCGACUCACUGUCAACCUAGACUGUAUCAGGAUAAACUGUACAGCCAGUAAAGGCCCAGAGACUAUCUUUGCGGGGUCGGGCCUCAAUGAUAAUGAGUGGCACACAGUGAGGGUAGUCCGGCGUGGCAAGAGCCUCAAACUCACCGUGGACGACCUGCAGCCUGUUGAAGCCCUCAUCUCUGAGGUUUACCCCACACCACCAGGUCAGAUGGCGGGCGACCACACCCAGCUGGAGUUUCACAAUGUGGAGACCGGUAUUGUGACGGAGAAGCGCUUCAUGCCAGCUGUGCCCUCCAAUUUCAUUGGCCACCUCCAGGGCCUAGCCCUGAACGGUAUGUCUUACAUUGACCUGUGUAAGAACGGUGACAUCGACUACUGCGAGCUCAACGCUGUAAUCGGCUAUAAGAGCAUUGUGGCUGACCCCGUCACCUUCCGCUCGCGCUCCAGCUUCGUCACACUGCCAACACUGCAAGCCUACUACUCCAUGCAUCUCUUCAUGCAGUUCAAGACAACGUCACCUGACGGCCUUGUUCUGUACAACAGGGGAGAUGGCAAUGACUUCAUAGUGAUAGAGCUGGUUAAAGGCUACCUACACUACAUCUCUGACCUGGGCAAUGGAGCACACUUGAUCAAAGGAAACUCUAAUAGUCCCCUUAAUGACAACCACUGGCAUAAUGUACACAUAUCCAGAGACACUAACAAUCUCCACACGGUCAAGAUUGACACCAAAGUAACCACGCAGACCACGAUGGGAGCCAAGAACCUCGACUUGAAGGGUGAUCUUUAUAUUGGUGGGAUCUCCAAAGAGAUGUACCGAGACCUACCUAAGCUGGUCCACUCCCGGGAGGGCUUCCAGGGUUGCCUAGCAACAGUCGAUCUAAAUGGCCGCCUUCCUGACCUUUUGGCUGAUGCCUUGGCAACCAUGGGGCAGGUGGAGAGAGGCUGUGAAGGUCCCAGCACGACGUGUCAGGAAGACUCAUGUUCAAAUCAGGGAGUGUGUCUGCAGCAGUGGGAGGGUUUCACCUGUGACUGCAGCAUGACCUCGUACGCUGGGCCGUUAUGCAAUGAUGCUGGAACCACUUAUAUUUUUGGCCGUGAUGGAGGGGUGGUGGUUUACACAUGGCCCCCUAACGAACGUCCCAGCACCAGGGCAGACCGGCUUGCCCUUGGGUUCAGCACCCAACAGAAACACGCCACUCUACUCCGAGUCGACAGCGCAGCUGGUCUGGGAGACUACCUUCAGCUGCAGAUAGACAAAGGGAACAUUAGAGUAGUGUUUAAUGUUGGCACUGACGACAUCAACAUCGAGGAAAGCGCUAAGUUUGUCAACGAUGGGAAGUACCACAUCAUACGGUUUACCCGCAGCGGAGGCAAUGCCACCCUCCAACUGGAUGACCUACCCGUCAUAGAGCGCUAUCCCUCAGGCAACAUUGAUAACGAGCGCCUGGCCAUCGCCAGACAGCGAAUCCCCUAUCGGCUCGGUCGAGUAGUUGACGAUUGGCUACUCGACAAAGGUCGACAGCUGACCAUCUUCAACAGCCAGACAACAGUGAAAGUAGGCGGAGGCGAGCGAAGCGCUAUGUUCCAGGGUCAACUGUCUGGCCUCUACUACAACGGCCUCCGCAUCCUAAACAUGGCCGCGGAGGGGCACCCGCACAUCAGAGUGGAGGGCAGCGCACGACUGGUCGGCGACAUGCCUUCCUCCUCUAUCACCCCUCAGUCCAGUGCUGCAGCCGGAGGCAACCGCUCCGACUCCGCCCCUUCCAUUAGUGACAUCACAACAACCACGGCCACCAACAGGAAACAGGGUUCCACACAGCAGUCAGCAGACGAUCUUCUGGUGGCGUCAGCUGAGUGUCCCAGUGAUGAUGAAGACAUUGAACCCUGUGACCCCAGUUCAGCCCGCCCCCCCUUGCCAGAGGUGAAGGUGUUCCCAGUUCCGUCUGAGAUUGUGCGGGAGAGCAGCAGCACAACGGGCAUGGUGGUGGGCAUCGUGGCAGCCGCCGCCCUCUGCAUCCUCAUUCUCCUCUACGCCAUGUACAAGUACCGCAACCGAGACGAGGGUUCAUACCACGUGGACGAGAGCCGCAAUUACAUUAGCAACUCAGCCACGCAGCCAAAUGGCAGCACUAAGGACAAGCCGCUGGGCAUCGCCAAGAUCUCCAAGAACAAGAAAAACAAAGACAAGGAGUACUACGUCUGAGGCACGAGACAUACAGACAUAUACGCAUACACCUUUAUAUAUAAUGGUAUAUGUACAUAAAUAGAUAUAUUCUCAUACACACAUACACACUGACAUAGACAUGCUGAUGUUAAUGUUUACUCUCCAAUAAUCACACAUGCACACAUGCUGCCAAGCACAAACAUAAACACAUUCACACACACACACACACACACACACACACACACACACACACACACACACAUAAGCACACACAGACUGGCCCGAGGGCACGGACCCUUAUUGUACAGUAUUUACCAAUGAAGAGCCUGUGAGAGAAGCUCAUUUUAUGAACAAACACCAUUCCAGAUGAUUUUAAAAAAGGACAAGUUUAACUCCCAGUAAAGAACUGAAUUUUGGUGCCAGCCAGAUUUAAAGUCCAGUCACUCCCCUGCCACAGUACGACCUCUCCUGUCGGACUCAGAGAGGUCGAGGAAGCCUUUAAGUGAAGCACAAGGCAGAAUGAACAAAGAUGAUGUACAAGCACCAAGAAAAAGCACCAAGUGUCUCUUCCAAGCUUCUCGGCAUUCUUCCCUGUUAGCAGACGGAGCACUGAGGAACAAGCACACCAACAGUCCAAGUCCAACCUCGAGCAGCAUCAGGACAGGAAAUCAGGGUGUCGCAAUAGAGACAAUGAAUUACGAGUGGCAGAGGCAGGGAUGGUGCUGUUAAUGUAACAGAUGGCCGGUGGUUGUUUUUACGCUGCAGAGCUCGUGUUUUACGGCACCCUGUAAAUCAAAAAAGGUGGAAUCAGUGGAAAAACUGCGAGCUAUUUUCCUGGACAGGAUACUUGAGACUUCAGAUGCUACCUACAGACACCAACGGUGUCCACACACAAACACACACAAACAGCACACAGACAUUAAACUACUUACACAUGCAGACAUACACAUACCUGCAAUGCUAAAGACCCACCAUAUCUUCAAAAAACUGGAGACUAUACAAAAAGACAAUGGUGAAAAUGACAACAACCAUUAUGAUAAUUGUUAUGGCAACGAUACUGAUGAAUAUGAAGAACAUUUUGGGCAGUAUAGACUCUUUGGGGAAGGGAGGGGGGGUCUUAUUGCACGUGAAUUAUCUUACUCCGUGUGAUUUAUACCGCAUUGAAACUCCAGAGGUUACACCAUGACACACGGCCAUCAUCAAUCUACCACCUUGGCUUGAAGUAUUCCUAAAUAACACAUUUCAAAUGGUUUUCAGCGUGUGGGAUUCAGUUCAAAUUGUCAUUGACAAAGUGUGACCAUCUCGAGUGUGCUGCAUGCCUGAGUCCGAGCUGUGCUGUGAAGUGGUGGCGUGUCCCACAACGUCCAGAGAUGGUAGGUUUGUUUGUGGGAGGAGAAGAAGAAAUGGGGUAGCUGUGCCCACCACAGGCCAAGACCUGUUUUCUGGCCUGAUGUCUAAUAGGCCACGCCCACUAUACCUGCUCUUACCAACCACCUUUUAUAGCAAAAACCAGCCGAGGAAAAGAAAAGAAAACAAAGUAAAUGUUACCAUGUGUUGCUAAUAUGUAGAAAAGUCCAGAUCAUGAUGCCAUUGGCUAAAUGAGUUGCUUUGAUUUCAUUGGCUCUCCCUUUUCUCUCUUUCUUUUUGCGUCCUUUUGUCUUCAUGCUAUAAGUUGGCUGGUUUGUCUUUACUCAUGGCGAGACCGAGACUGAUGGGAUUCUGGUGGGCUACAUUAUCUCUUUAUUGACAUUGUUUGAGCCCAAUGCAUCUCAUGAAUUGUAGCUCCAUGAUAUAUCGAUACAAACAGUGCCAUGACACGAACAAGCUCCUCCAGUUCUUCCAACCAGUCAGAUGCAUGCAAAACGACCAGGGCGAAAAAGGAUAAGAAGAGGACUGUGUAAGAUUUCAAAGAACAAUGUCAAAAUCAACUAAAAAUAUUCCCUUACUCCCUCCAUCCUUAACUGGCCUUUUUGACCUCCUUCUCUUGUUUUCCCUUUGUUUUUGGUAAGUUUCCCUCUCUGCCCUCGACUUCCUCUAUGUUUGUCACUUUCUUUUUCCUCUAUCUCUGUUGUGUUGCCAUCUGAAACAAAAGGAGGUGUCUCAACCAAUGGGAUUCUACAUCUAGGUGUUCAUUAACCAUGUUUAUUUUCUAUAUGUACAAUUUUUCUACAGUAUUUACUUUUAUUUUUAUUGUUACGGUUCUUUGAUGAACAUAAAGUGGAAAUUUAUUAUGAAAAAUAGUUUUGAAGAUUAACGAGUAAAUAAAAUAUUACCCAAGUGACCCAGGA